UGUUUCUCACGGGCUACUUUAUCAGCCACAGAAGGGAAGUCUUAGCAGUCUUGUCUCACUCACUCACUAGUCUACAUUACUCUAUUCUACUGUUUUGUACUGUACGGUAACUUCCAAACGCGAGCAGUGAAUCGGUCAGCGUGGUUCUUCACUUCAGCUUCAGAUGCCGUGGACUCCUGAAGAACCUGAACGAAUAACUAAACUAACAACUAAACUAACAAAAACUAGACAAGAAAACUUAAUUGAAGAAACGAAAGCCCAAGGACUUCUCAUAUCGACAUCGCUGAGAAAUAUUAUGUUUGGUGGAGUGACAGAAAUCCUCUAUGUGUGCUGCGUGGCGGCGAGGAAUGGACGCGCGCUCCAGUGAUGGACUCUGCCUGGACAGAUUCUCAAAGAUAAGGAACUGCAAGACUUCUACAAUAGACAAAAUCGCUGCUGUCUGAUCCCUGCGCCUAGGCUCAGGUUUCAAAGGCAAGGCCUUCUCAAUAUGCUUUCCAACCAGUCAUGCGAGAACAUCACCAGCAUCGAGGCAAAUGGGAAUCCGGGGACGAGCACUGUGAUGUUCAUUGCUGGAGUGGUCGGUAACCUAAUUGCUCUGGCUAUUCUGGGAGUCCAUCAGAAAGAUCGUCGCACCAAGUCUUCGGUCUUCUGCAUCCUCGUCACAGGUCUGGCUCUGACAGACCUGCUGGGAACAUGUUUACUCAGUCCACCAGUUUUCAUCUGCUAUGCCUACAGAACAUCGCUGGUGGGACUGACUGGAGAUCAGCGGCUCUGCGGACUCUUUGCCUUCGCCAUGACCUUCUUCAUCUUGGCCUCUAUGCUCAUCCUAUGUGCUAUGGCAGUAGAGCGAUGUCUCGCCAUCAGCCACCCGUAUUUCUACUCCAAACAUGUGAGGCGAAGCUUUGCUAAGAUCGUCCUCUUACUCAUCUAUCUCUUUACCUUCGUGUUCUGCUUGAUGCCUUUCUUCGGGUAUGGCCGGCACAAGCAGUACUGUCCUGGGACAUGGUGUUUCAUCAAGAUGGAAGUAGAAGAGGGUGAUGAUGAGGAGAGAAGAUCAUUGGCCUUCUCGCUGUCCUACGCCGUACUCAUGGCAUUGCUCAUCGCCAUUGUGUUCAUGUGCAACGGUUCGGUCAUCGUGAGCUUGUGUCGGAUGCACCGGAGCCAGCUGACACGCCGGGGAUCAGUGGUGUCGGCUGGACGCAAGAGAAGGCUGAGCACCUGGUUUGGACAGGGAGAGGAGGAGAUGGACCAUUUACUGCUGCUGGCAUCCAUGACCUUAAUCUUCGUCAUUUGCUCCUUGCCGCUGACUAUCUGUGGCUUUGAGAAUGCCAUUAGUCCAGUUGGGAAUGAUCAGCGGAAUCUAACGGCUUUCCGCUUCUCUGCGUUUAACCCCAUCUUGGACCCUUGGAUCUUCAUCAUCUUCCGUAAGGCGGUCUUCCACCACAUCCGGGCUCUGUUCCGCUGCUGCUUCCCCAGAGAAGCAGUGAAGACCACAGCUCAAAGCUCCCAAGAGCUUAAGGCUGAAGACAUUAAACACAGCUCCAGCAUCCAGAGCAAGAUCUACCACAGCCUCCCCCAGUGAGACCUUCAGUAGCGAUGAAGGGACUUUUUAGGAAGCCUGAAAAGACUGCAUGAAUGUGUCGAGUGGUGCCAAGAACCAAAAAUAAAAGCACGGUCAUCAGAAGACAUUGUUAAUGGAUGAUUUGUGACUAACUUUCAUUCCUAACCAUGUUCUUCUAUGCAGUGUAAUGGAGACCAGUCAGAAGGAAACCUUGUUAGUAUGUCCAACUCCAAUGUUGGUAAGAAAUUUGCUAGAAUGAAGGUCAAUGGUUGGGGUUAUAUUGGUGCCAUGACCCGGAUGUAGGAGGAGAUGAUUGUAGAAAAGAGGCCAGCUAGUAGUAACUGAGGAAACUUUGCCAGUGCACUAGACAGGCCAGGUAGAACGACAGGGGUGAGAUUGUUGCCAAACCCCAGAAAGGAGUGCAGUUUAGGGAGGUGUAUAGGACACUACCUAGUAGGAGACCUACUGAGUAAACCUCUCUUCCUUGGCCACAAAAGAUGCAUAGAUUUGCUGCUAUCUUGUGUAUCUUGCUAUUAUGUAUCCCAUAUCCCAAUGACAUUAGAGGCAAGCAAGUCCAACCAAAGGACAACGAUUGUUGCUGUGACCUAGAGGGGUGUAAGGUACUUUAAGUGGUUAGGCUACCAGCUAGUAGGAGCUGUGCGAUUAAACCUUACUCGCCUGGUCCAGUAAAGUGCAUUAGCAGCUGACAUU